UUUACUCUGCCGCCACCGGAACCGGCCCCCGGCGUCCUACUAUAUAUAUACAACACUCGCCGACUCCCAACAUCCACCAUUGCAUUUGGCAAAGCAAUCAUAUAUCAUAACAUUAGCAAAGAAAGGAAGAAACUUUCAGAGCUUUUCUACAUUUUUAAGCAGCUGGGAAGAAAGCCCACCAACCAAAGCUCAGGAUAGCCCCCCAUUUUUCUGUUCUGGUCGCCUAUAUUUCUGAUUAAGAAGAAAGAAUAUUGGAUCUGAAACAGUAAUGGAGGGUGGGUUUUUGACCGAGAUGCCGAAGGGUCUUGAGAUUGAUCGAUCCUUGGGGGCACGUAAUCAGCCUGUAGUGGAGGCUGUUGGAUCUGGCAGCUUUGGCUGCUCGCAUUACAGAAGGAACUGCAAGAUCAGAGCUCCAUGUUGUAAUGAGGUCUUUGAUUGCAGACAUUGUCACAAUGAAGCAAAGAAUUCUAUAGACACGAAACCUGAUGAUCGGCAUGAUGUCCCGAGGCACGAAGUGAAGAAGAUCAUAUGCUCGCGGUGUGGCACUGAACAAGAUGUUCAGCAGAACUGCAUAAAUUGCGGGGUUUGCAUGGGGAAGUACUUCUGUGCAAAGUGCAAAUUCUUCGAUGAUGAUAUUUCAAAGCUGCAAUACCACUGUGAUGAAUGUGGCAUCUGCAGAACUGGAGGCAAGGAGAACUUUUUCCAUUGCAAGAAAUGCGGAUGCUGUUAUUCGAAGUCAAUGAGGGAUGCGCAUCAAUGCGUGGAGAGAGCAAUGCACCACAACUGCCCCGUUUGCUUUGAGUUCCUGUUUGAUACAAUGAAAGACAUAACAGUCUUGCCCUGCGGGCACACUAUACAUCUUGAAUGUCUGAAAGAAAUGGAGCAGCAUUACAGGUAUUCCUGCCCAGUUUGCUCCAAGUCCAUCUGCGACAUGUCCAAUUUGUGGAGAAAGCUUGAUCAAGAGAUUGAGAAAACACCAAUGCCUGCAAUGUACCAAAACAAAAUGGUAUGGAUUCUUUGCAAUGACUGUGGAAUACAAUCCCAAGUUCAGUUCCACGUUGUAGCACACAAGUGCCAGAGUUGCAGGUCGUACAAUACACGGCAGACUCGGGGCGGCCCCCAGGACUCCUCCCGCUCAAUGGGGGUGUCCAAGAUGCUGAGAUAAUGAAUUUGGUGGCGAUGCUGCUGUAUUUGGGCUUGACCCGGUUGAUUCUCUUCAAUAAUCCGCAUAAUUCGAAAUUGUAGCGGUAGGUGAAAACUUAGGAAAACCGAGGGUCGGGAGGGAAUCUUGUUUCCCCAGGAAGGGAAAACAAAUUUUUCUUGUCCUUUUUCCUCUAAUUGUCGUGUACGCAGUACACUUGUACAGUUUAUUCACCUUAUUUAGAUUCCUUAGAUUAUUAAUAGAAUAUGAUGAGAUAUCUAAUGCUGCAAUAUUUGCAGCAUGACAAAUGUAUUAGCCACCUAUGUUGAAUAAAGUUCCAUCUUCGGAACCAA